GCGUGGGAACGCGGGCGGCGGCCGAAGGCGGGCGGCGGGCCCGGUGGCGCGGCGGCAGGAUGUGUGACAGGAAUGGCGGCCGGCGGCUUCGGCAGUGGCUGAUCGAGCAAAUCGACAGCAACAUGUACCCAGGGCUGAUUUGGGAAAAUGAUGAGAAGAGCAUGUUCCGGAUCCCUUGGAAACACGCGGGCAAACAAGAUUAUAACCAGGAGGUGGACGCCUCCAUUUUCAAGGCCUGGGCAGUUUUUAAAGGGAAGUUUAAGGAAGGGGACAAAGCUGAACCAGCCACUUGGAAGACGAGGCUCCGCUGUGCUUUGAACAAGAGCCCAGAUUUUGAGGAAGUAACAGACCGGUCCCAGCUGGACAUUUCCGAGCCAUACAAAGUUUACCGCAUCGUCCCCGAGGAAGAGCAAAAAUGCAAAUUAGGCACGGUGACCCCUGGCUGUGUGAAUGAAGUCCCGGAGAUGGAGUGCGGCCGCUCCGAAAUCGACGAGCUGAUCAAGGAGCCGUCGGUGGACGAGUACAUGGGGAUGGUGAAGAGGAGUCCUUCCCCGCCGGAGGCCUGCCGGAGUCAGCUCUUCCCAGACUGGUGGGCGCAGCAGACCAGCGCAGGAGGCUUGCCCCUGGUGCCGGGCUACACCACCUAUGACCCACACCAUACAGCCUUCUCCCAGAUGGUCAUCAGCUUCUACUAUGGGGGCAAGCUGGUGGGCCAGACCACCACCACCUGCCCGGACGGCUGCCGCCUGUCCCUGAGCCAGGCGGGCCUGCCCAGCACCAAGCUGUACGGACUCGAGGGCCUGGAGCUGGUGCGCUUCCCGCCGGCUGAUGCCAUCCCCAGCGAGCGGCAGAGGCAGGUGACGCGGAAGCUGUUCGGGCACCUGGAGCGCGGCGUGCUUCUGCACAGCAGCCGGCAGGGCGUGCUGGUCAAGCGGCUGUGCCAGGGCCGCGUGUUUGCCAGCGGCAACGCCGUGGUGUGCAAGGACAGGCCCAACAAGCUGGAGCGCGACAAAGUGGUCAAGGUCUUUGACACCAGCCAGUUCUUCCGAGACCUGCAACACUUCUACAACGGCCAGGGCCGGCUCCCCGACAGCAGGGCGGUGCUGUGCUUUGGCGAGGAGUUCCCCGACAUGACGCCCUUGCGCUCCAAACUCAUCCUCGUGCAGAUCGAGCAGGUCUAUGCCCGGCAGCUGGUGGAAGAAGCUGGGAAGAGCUGCGGGGCGGGCUCCAUGAUGCAGGCCCCUGAGGAGCCCCAGCCGGACCAGGUCUUCCGGAUGUUUCCAGAUAUUUGUGCCUCACACCAGAGACCCUUUUUCAGAGAAAACCAGCAGAUCACCGUUUAAGUCCCUCCCUGGAGCACCCCACCCCGCCCACAUCUCGCCUGUCAUUAUUACAAUUACUGUCGUAAUUAUUUAAGGAUGUGGAUCUCUCUGACCAGGGUGGGACGCCCUGCUCUGCCCUUAAUUCAGUAAGGGUGCUCUCUGAGGCCUUGCCCUCCACACAAAGCUGGGUCCCAGUCCUGCUGUUCAGAUAGAAACAUUGAAUCUCACUCCCCCGUGGCCUGGAGGCUGCACCUGUCGCCUGUGAUUAAAACAUUUAUUUCCUGCAUUUUUUCCUAAUUAUCAUUAGUUACUAUGAUUCUUUCAGCAUCUGGGGAUAGUUGAUAUUCCCAAAGCCAUUCAGUUUUACUGGCCAAUAGCCGCUCCCAGUAAGGAAAUUUGGGGUUUAAGAUCAACUUGAGAGAAGACUGCUUUUCGUGUUUAUCAUUUGUUAAAGCUAUAGACUUAUGAUUUUGUAUGCUUGAUUUGAUGUGAAAUGUCUUUUUUUCUAUUAAGCUUGUUACUAAGAUUUAAAAAUACUUAGAUAGCAGCCUCCCUUUAAUAAGUGAAAGCAAAACUCUUGGCUUAUCAGAAGGAUGUAUAUUCUUCCCACACUUUGGGCCCCAGGAAAGCGUCUCCCUCUGCGGCCAGGCGCGAGUUUUCAUCUUCAGGCAGUGACCAUCUUCCCUCUGGGCCUUUCUCGCCAGGAAGCUUAGAGCUAAAUUUAUUUUUUAAUUUCUGUAAUGAAAUCAUCCCAGAUACCUCUCUCUUCUUCUUUCUAAAUGGUUUCUAAAUGGUUUUGACCUGUUUUAAAAAUACUUUUAAUUGUCCUAUUUCACAUGUCCGAUUGUAAACUGCUUUGAAUCUUUUUAUAUAUAUAUACAUAUAUAUAUAUAUAUAUAAAGUGGGCUAGACAUAAACCACAAGUUCAAAAAAUAAUUGUGGAUUGUAUGAGCAUUUUGAUUGUGCCUUCCAUUCAGUCAACCUGUUCAUCAGCCGGUGGUGGUCGGCAUGCGGGCGUGGCUGGUGCGGGUCGGGGAACGUGGGUGCUGUGUUAGCUCACACCCCUACGCCGGUCGCGGGGUGGGCUGUGGUGGGAGAACGGGUCCCCACCCCUGGUCCUCGGGGUUCGGGAUGGCCCCGCUCCACCCCAAAGUCUGCUCUUCAACGGAGUCGUAUGUGGGACUUCCGUGCAGAAGUCCCAGGUUUAGCCCCAGAAGAACUUACCCUCUUGACUAGCAAAUAAGAUAUAUUUACUGCCCAAAAUGUGUCAAAAUGUUUACCCUGAAUCACGAUACUAAUGCAGAGCCAGGGCGGGAGACUGACAACAGUGGCUUGGCUUCAUGGCGAGGGCGGGUCCCACCGUCUCGCCCUCCUGUGCGCAGGGUCACGUGCCUCCACGGCCCCUGUAAGGUCACUUCAUGAUUCAAAAGCGCUCGAACGUCGUUUCUCAAAAAGCGUUGUGUUUUGCUAGGUUGGGCUGCCUCUCGUUCUUCUGUGUCCCGCGUGACGCACAGGGACUGGACUGUGUGCGCUGAGCGCCUGCCGGCGGCCGCCUCCGGCCAGUGCUGUUUGUUGGUUUGGCUGAGUCGGCUCCACGGUCGGGGGAGGCGCUGGGCAGGUUUGGGGAGGGGGCGGUGGGGAGAAAAAUCUAGACUCUCUUCUUUCUCUUUCAUAACCCAGCUUGGGCUACCCCCCCGCCCCCCGGCUCAGUCUCACAGUGAAAGGGCAGGAAGGGGGCUCACCUGUCACCCCUCAUUCUGAGAGGUGGGAGAAGUUGGCAUCUGGGGGACGAGAUGGCCCCGGCUCUGCCAACCCGGUGGCCUUGUGACCACGAGUCUCUGAGGUAGAAUUGAACAGCCUGAGAAGACCCGUUCACUUUUCCCAUUGCUGCUGCUAACAGGGUGCCGUAGAUGUGGGAGCCGGACUCGGUCCCCAUGGGUCCUUGGGAUGUGUUUGAAGUCGCGUGAGAAUGCAAGGAAAACUCCAGUAAGAGAAAGUGGCUUUUCCUCUUUGGCUAACGAGACCAGCAUUACGUUUUUAAGAAUAACAGACCUGUUUUCUGAAAUUCUGUCAGAUAACAGUAGGCUUUUGUCUCUGGCUCGAAUGAAUGUUAAAGCGCACAUCUUUAAUAUGCUGAAUGAAUAUUUAUUUUUGUAUCCAUUUAAGAAAUAUGUUGAUCUCUUUUAUUCUUUAUUGAA